AUGAGUGGGAAGAACAGUGUACAAGCUCUGGAGAGAGAGAUUGCAGAUCUCGAGUAUCGUUUGCGCAAUGCCCGCACACGCCUCACCUUAGCCCGCCCAGAGGGUGCAAGGGAAUUACCCUCCAGUGACGAACCAUACCUUUCACCAAACCAUGCAUUACUUCUCCUGUCAGAUUCUGCCCUCCCACUGGGCUCCUUUGCCUACUCCAGCGGUCUGGAGUCCUACCUAGCCCACAAUAGACCUUUGCCUCGCUCGGUGACAACAAUCGCAUCGUUCCAUCACUUCCUCAAAUUAUCAAUUGCGUCAAUUGCAAGCACCUCUCUCCCGUAUGUCCUUGCAGCCUAUAGGAACCCGGGAGAACUAGAGACUCUAGACAACGAUCUGGACGCUUCGACGCCUUGUAUAGUUGCUCAGAGGGCAAGUGUCGCCCAAGGAAGGGCGUUACUUGGCGUCUGGGAGCGAGCAUUUCGAAGCUCAUACGCCUCGGGACCGUCUGUCAGCGGGACUGACGCUGCAAAGGCCGUGCAAAUGAUUGAAAUCUUCUCCGACGCUCUCAAAUCUUGGGUUGGCACUGCGGAUGAAUUAGGGCCGAAAGGUCAUCUUGCACCUCUUUGGGGCAUUGUAUGCCUCGCUAUGGGUGUCGAUAUCCGGCAGACGGCGUAUGUUUUCAUGCUGAAUCAUGCCAAAGCAGUUCUCAGUGCUGCAGUUCGCGCAUCUGUGAUGGGGCCAUAUCAGGCGCAAAGCGUCCUAGCCAGCAAGGCCCUGCAAGCUAUGAUUUCAGAACGAAUCAACCGAGAAUGGGACACGGCAGUAGAGGAUGCGGGCCAAAUCGUCCCUCCUUUAGACCUCUGGGUAGGGCGGCAUGAGCUUCUCUAUAGCAGAAUAUUCAAUUCAUAA